AUGACGUCAUUCAACGGGGUGCCCGCUAAGACGGUGACGGACGCUGAGCGUUUAUUUAGUGACUUAAUGGUGGGUUACAGCAAAAUGUUCAGGCCUGUGUUGAAUGAGUCGAUACAGGUCGUAGUGUCCAUAUGGAUGGAUCUCGUCUCUAUUCAAGAUUUUAACGAAGUCGAAGAGAAAAUAUCAUUUACUGCGCUAUUGUACCUCGCAUGGCAGGAUAAGCGACUGGUUUGGGACCCUAAGGACUACGGCGGUAUUGAUAAUCUCUAUAUUGACGUCAGCAAGAUUUGGGUUCCACAAAUGAUGCUUAUGAACAAUGUUAAUAAAAAUGAACGUUUGUCUGAGGACUGGCAUACAGUGAAAGUCAAUGCGUCGGGGAUUUGCGUGUAUUAUACAGGCAACGUGUUUACAUCAUCUUGCAACGUCGACGUCACUUUCUAUCCCUGGGAUACGCAAACAUGCAGCCUUAAUUUCAUGCCGGCAAACUACGGUUUCGAUAAAAUGAGUCUAUAUCCACUAUAUCACAAAGUUGAAUUGACCUACUACUCGCCUAAUGGCGCCUGGGAUCUCAUGGACACAAGCGUUACAUCAGAGAUUUACAGCUUCAUGGUUAAUUUCAAUGUCGUGUUAGAGAGGAAGCCUCGAUUUGCGAUAGUAAAUGUGCUUCUUCCAUUGAUAAUUAUGUCCGCGUUGAAUAUCCUGGUCUUUCUGAUCCCUACCGAGUGCGGGGAGCGCAUCUCCUUUUGCCUGACGGUGCUGCUGUCCAUUGCGGUUUUCCUGACGCUCGUGGGAGACAACCUUCCGAAAAACUCGAAUCCGAUGUCGCUGUUUAGCUCCUAUCUGGUGUCGGUGCUCGUCAUCAGUGUCGCCAUCACGCUCGCCGUCAUAUGCAGCCUGCACGUGUACCACAUAAGUGAAAAGCAGCAGCCGGGAGGCGCGUGGAGGGCAAUCGCUAUGUGUUUAGGGUGCUACUGUGUACGGCGGGCAGGGUCAGAGAGUGCGGAUAGGACUUAUCGCAGUGACGAAAUCAAGGGACAAGACUACUCCGCCAAGGGAGUGCUGACAAUCUUCAAAGAGAUCUUCUUCCCGCUUCUAGCUCCCAGCUCUGCCUUUAUGGCCGCUCUGGAUGUCACCUGCCGUCGUCGUCAUCCCCGAGACGGUUUCCCCAGUGCGUUGUGUGUACUGAGUACCGUCGCCCCGGGGUCCCUCUCUAAGGCCACCCCUCGAUUUUCUUGGGACCACAUCAACAUGGGCCGGCGCCCGGCCCCAUGUCCGCCCCGUAUGACCUCCACACUGGUAAUCUCGCUGUCCCACUGUUCCCGUCCCUCUUCAGACGGGACCUCUUGCAGGUCCGGGCCAGCACACUCGCGACGAUAA